CUAUUAGUCCAUACGUUUGAAAUAUUCUUAAUUUUCGAAAAUGAAUCAUUUUUUAAUCAACGCACUCCAAACAGCGAUACUUGUGUGUCAUAUUCAUGCGCAAGAAAUAUGCCUCGGUCACCACAGCCUAGGCAGGGAGCUGUUUUCCAAGGAAGGAAGUGGAUUUGAGCUUGACAGGGAGCUGUUUUCCAAGGAAGGAAGUGGAUUCGAGCUUGACAGGGAGCUGUUUUCCAAGGAAGGAAGUGGAUUCGAGCUUGAUUCUGAAGAAAUCCAUUUGAAUUCAAAUGAUACCCCACUGAUUGAAGGCAGUGGCUUAUAUGACGACAGGGAGCAGUUUUUCUACGAUGUACGGGGAUUUAACUUCAAUAUAAAAUAUUCUCUACUGUUUUCAGAAGAUACACAGAACAUUAUAAAAUAUAUAUCUAUCUAAAAAUGUUAAAAACUAAUGUUUUAUUUAAAUAUACAUAUUUCAUGAAACUUCAAGUUUGAAUAAAUCAAACCACCUUUGA